GCAAAAAUUCAGUUUCUUCUAUAUUUGUUUGCUUGGAUCAAAAAUCAAACUACCCUUUUUCCUGUUUUCCUUUAAUUUUUUUUUUUUGGAACAUAGGGUUUUCAUAGAAUUCUUGCAAGGUUGUUUUUGCUCUUUGGCAAGAAUUCUAACAAAGGGUAAAUCAAAGAAGAUCAAAAAAAAAAAAAAGAAGACAUGAGCUGGUUGUCUUGUUGUAGGUCGGAUGCGCAUCACCGCAAUGUUGCCUGUAAGAAGAAAACCGUCGGCGUUGGUGGUAAUAACAACAACAAUGGCAAAUCAUUGAGGUCUUUCAUGCAUACUUUGUCUCUCAAGACAGAUGGAGGCAAGCAGAAGAUAGAUGAAGAAAUUCAGAAAAUCAGGAAAGCUAAAGUUUCGGCUCGUAUCUUCACAUUUCGAGAACUAGUUGUUGCAACAGAUAACUUCAAUCCUGAUUGUCUGAUAGGCGAAGGGGGAUUCGGCCGGGUUUACCAAGGAUACAUAGAAUCCAUUGAUCAAGUUGUUGCGGUGAAGCAACUUGAUAGGAAUGGAUUGCAAGGAAGCAGAGAAUUCUUCUCAGAGGUUCUAAUGUUAAGCCUGGUUCAACAUCCCAACCUUGUCAAUCUGAUUGGAUAUUGUGCUGAUGGGGAUCAAAGGAUUUUAGUUUAUGAAUAUAUGCCUAAUGGUUCUUUGGAUCAUCUUCUUGAUUUACCCCCUGGCCAGCAGCCAUUGGACUGGAACACAAGGAUGAAAAUAGCUGUAGGAGCAGCCAAAGGACUAGAGUACCUACAUGACUUUGCCGAUCCACCGAUAAUUUUCCGCGAUUUUAAAGCGUCCAACAUCUUACUAGAUGCCAACUUUAAUCCGAAACUGUCUGAUUUUGGACUUGCAAAGUUAGGGCCAACAGAGGGGAAGGAACAUGUUUCAACAAGGGUGAUGGGGACCUAUGGUUAUUGUGCUCCGGAAUAUGCGAUGACAGGGAAGCUGACCGUGAAAUCUGAUGUUUACAGUUUCGGUGUGGUGUUUCUGGAGAUAAUCUCGGGGAGGAGAGCUAUUGAUCUCGAAAGACCGACCGAAGAACAGAACCUGGUUGCUUGGGCCGAGCCAUUGUUCAAAGACAGGCAGAAGUUCGAAUUAAUGGUGGAUCCCCUGCUCAAAGGGAAUUACCCUAUAAAGGGUCUUUGUCAAGCUCUUGCAGUUGCAGCAAUGUGCCUUCAGGAGGAAGCCGAGAGUCGGCCAUUGAUUGCUGAUGUCGUGACAGCCAUCGAGUUCCUUGCCAGGCCAAAAGACAGUGAAAACAAUUAUGAAGAUUCACAAAGAAGCGGUUGCUUGCACGAUAAAUCCGCGCGAGAAGAAAGUGAGUGAGACAGUGAAUUCUAGAUGCCGUAGCUCGGUUGAGCAACGUCGAAGUUUGGAACAAUCGCAGAACCGAAGCAGCUAAAAAUCGGGACCAAAACUAUCAAUCUACAAAGUCAUUAGGAUGAUGUUUGUGUAAUGAAUCAGUCAGCUAUUUGCUUUCAGGCUGUAAUGGUUUGAAUAGCAAUUGGUGUUUUAUUGUAUUCGUAGCCAUUUCAGUUGACUUUGAGUGUACUGUUGUCGAUGAAAUUAAAUGCCAUUUUGUUA